AUGCGCAGAGCGGCGAUCCCAUUCGCGGUAGAAGAAGCUCCAUCAACGACAACAGCGCUAGUUAACACUACGGUAACGUCAGAUAAAGCCCCGAUAGGACCUGUGGUGGUAACAGGUGACCAUACAUUUGCAUUUGAGGCACCAAAACCUCAAACAGACUCAGAGAAUCGUACUGCCGAAAUCGACGAGUCUAGUACGGACCCUAGAGCGGUGGAGGCUCUUACCAAAGCUUCAGUGGCAUCAGAGCCCCCUAUUAUUGUGGCCGGACUUCCACCAGAAGAUAUAGAGAUACCAGAUCCUCCGAAUGCACCUUUAGUGGAAGAAGUACCCAUAACAGCUCCUCCAGCGGCAGAUGCGCCACCUUCAACACCACUUCCAGCUCCUCCAGCAGCAGAUGCGCCACCUCCAACACCACUUCCAGCUCCUCCAGCUCCUCCAGCUCCUCCAGCUCCUCCAGCUCCUCCAGCUCCUCCAGCUCCAGCUCCUCCAGCUCUUCCAGCACAAAUUUCAGCUCCUCCAACACCACUGCCAGCUCCUCCGACACCACUUCCAGUCCCUCAAGCAUCAGAGGCGCCCUCUUCAGCACCUUCAGCCGCAAGUAACGCUCCUGGAACAGAACCACUUGAGAUUGGCUCCACCUUACCUCCACCGGCAACUCAGGCUACAACAUUGGUUCCCGUGGAGACCCCAACUCCAGUGAUGACCCCUGCUCCUACACCAGCACCGAUGCCGACCCCUGUAUCCCUCCCACCUCCGACGACAGAUACCCCUGACCGACUGCCUCAUGCGUCUCCAUCUACACCAACCGGAUCUUCAGACAUUGACACCGAUGACGAAAAUGAUGUUGUUUUAGAUCAGACUGCGUCCGUUGAUGACGCUGAAAUUGAUCCAAAUGUGACUACAAAUGUUGAUGAAUCUAUUUCAACUGCUUUAGAUGUUAAUGCCGCCGAUCCGGAUCCGGCUCAACCUUUAGAUGACAACAAGACUGAUCCAAAUGAAACGGAUGCCGACAUGCCUCCUGCAUUAGAUGACAAAAAGAACGAGUCGGAUGAAACUGAUUCUAAUGUGCCUCCAACUUUAGAUGACAAUGAUACUGAUACAGAUGCCAAUCAAGAUAUCGAACUUGGCGACAACGUGUCUGACGACAAUGAAGUCAAUUUUGCUGACGGUAGCAUUGACGACACCAGUGGAUUGACAUUGUCACCAAUCACGUCAGACAUGAUUGGUCCUGAAACUGGUCUUGAAACUCCAGAUAGCGAUAAUAGUGAGGGAGAGCCAAGCCAUACUUUGACAAAGUCAGGAAAUUCUGCUUCUCUUGGCGGCUGGAAGCUCGUUCUCAUCAUAAUUGGUGCUGUUUGCGCGGUGCUAGUCUCCAUUGUCUUUGUGCACCGACGUCACGUUCGCAAUGUAGCUGCAAACAAGCGUGAUCGAGGUAGUUCCCAGCAGCGUGCAUUGGAUUCAUUCUUCAGGCAGAACCGUGUGACUGUGCCGCGCGACACUGGCGUAUCGUCAAACAUCUCCGGUGCGGAUUCAUUCACUCCGCGCGAUCGAAUUCCAAUGACGAUGCCGUCUAACAUUCAUGAACGAUCCCGUAACAUUACAAAUCCGGCAACUCGAGUACAUGAUAGAACAGCUCGACCAGGAUUUACUGAAAAUAUCAAUGCACCAACAAAUAGUUAUCAUAGCGAGAUGAGCGGGAGGCAUCCAGGCUCUUCAGGACGUGCACGUCUUGACUCAUCCAACAACUUUGGAUCUCGCUCUGUAUUUUUAACUGCGGGUUCAGUAGCUGUCACCAGUAUCGCACCGCCACCCACACCGUCAGUACCAUUCCGUUCUCGAGCCGAAACAGUGGCUCGAUUGAAUAAUGAAGCAUCGUUUGCAGCUUCAAUGGAUGAUAAUCGGGCUACGGUUCGGUCGUCCCGAUCGAGUGGUGAUUUUUCAAUCUUUAGCUCAUCGGGUCUCUCUGUCAACAGCAAUCCUCACCGAAGAAGCACACAGCUUUUUGAUGUGCCAGCAGAGACGUCCGAUCCAACAAAUAGCUACCCUAGUCGUCGAAUAAGCGACGAUGACCUAAGUCGAUUAAGCGAUGACGAGAGCUAUACGUCAGAAUUUGCAGGCAGCAACAGCUUUAGUACGGAUUUUAGCGCCGAAGAUAGUUAUGCCAUUACCGACAGCUUUGUGUCUUUGGACAGUACAGGAACACGAUCAAUACGAAAGACUGAAGACAAUCGUGAUUCAGAUCCACUCGUGCUGUCUAAUUUAAACGAGUCGGAACGACGUUAG